AAUAACUGUUAUGGUGUUUCGUUCACCAUAGCAACAGACGCUGAAGAAAAUUUUAUAACAAGCUUCAAAGAAUUAGAAAUCAUCUAAGAAGUAUUAAACAAUAAGUGAAAAUAAUCUCUUUGAAAGGUAAUAAUUAAUGAUUUAACAUAUAAUACUUGAAAAACUUGCAUUUUAUUCCCUCUUUGUAUAUUAUUCGUAAGUUAAAUGUUUACACAUUAUCGCCCUACAGAUGGCUGAUCAUGAAAUUAUUCAAAUGCGGCCCCCUGAAACUUUAACCAUAAAUAUUUUACGUUUACGUAAUUUGAAAGGUGUCAGGGGAGAUUCACUAACAGCUUUUGUUCGAGUAGAACACAAUGACAAGGCCCUUGGGGAGUCUAUAAAAAUUGAAUGUACUGCAGAAGAUGAUGCUGAAUUAAACUUUCAGUCAACUAUUAGUGUUAGCUUUGAUGAUUAUAUGCUAAUUGAUGAGCUAUGCUCAAAGCCUAUUAUCUGUACUGCAAUAGAAGCCCUACCUAAAGAAAAAAAGCAAAGAGAAGAGAAAACUGUACCACUUGGACAAUGUACAAUUGACCUUUUACCCAUAGUUCUUGGUCAAACAAAACUUAAUUCCACCCUUGCUCUUCACGCCACCCCUGGUUCUCCUAUCGAAAACCUACCUUCUGAACAUGCCAUACCUCAAAUUGAUGUUCAGUUAACAAUCGAAAAUGAAAUAUUACCCUCUAUAACUGAUGCUACUGUGAUGUCUAUGACUGUUGAAUCAUUGUAUUCUCCACCUGAUUCUUUUACUACAAGCGGUCAAGCUCAUCAGUAUCUAGCUUGUAUGCCAGUUCAGCAAACAUCUGAAAAAGAAACACUGGCUGUUUUUGCUCCCGGUCAUGUUAAACCAAGCGCUGACAAAGAUCAACUGUCGAAAUUCAAAAAAUGGCCAAUUCCUGGGGCAGCUCUCGGAACAGCAGUGAAUAUACCUAAUUCGUUCUUAUCCCACGACAACUUAGAAGAUGAAAAUGGAGAAUUGAGGAGUCGAAAUGAUAGGGAUUUUCGUAAUCAUUCUGAAAUGGAAAAGAAUAGAUUAGUUUGGAACAUAGAGAGAAGAUGCUAUCUAGAGCCAGGAGCAAGCAAAAAAUUUCAGGAGAAAAUAGCCAAGAAUCGAUUUGCUCCAAUUGAAGUGUGUCGAAUGGGUGGCAGCGGUGGAGCUAAAGGAGGAAAGAAAACGUCGAUGGACGACGAAGAUAAAAUGGAUGAGGAUAUAUCGUAUCAUGGAAUUGUUUACGUUGAUUUGGCUCCUCUGUUAUACCCUGGAGUUAGCAGAAUAAGAGGCGCUUACAAGGUUAAGGCCUUUUCUGAACAAGAUGUUACAGAAAAAACAGGUAGAAAAGGAACUCAUGCUGAAGAAGCAACUAAGUUAGCACAAGGUUGGAUGGCGAGGGCAGCCAGCUCACCUUUUGGGAAAGGUGGCAAGGGUAAGGACGACAAAAAAGAAAUAAAAAAAGUGUUGAGCAUGGAUGGGCCAGCUGCAAGAAAAUUGAAAAGUACAGUACCACCAACUGUGGGUAGGAGAUUGGAGACUAUAAUGGCCACUUCGAAACCUGGUAAUGAAACUGUUGCUGAGGGUGAUGGGCAAAUUCCUGUUAACACGGAAGGAAUGCAGUAUGAAGAGAAUAUUUCCUAUUUAAUGUUGGAAAUUAAGCUGAGUAGGCCUUUAAUCCCAAAGAAAGAACUCGAAGAACUAUCAAAGCACGUUGCUGAGUACAUUCCACCGAGACCAAAGUUUCCAAAGAGAAGCGAUAAUGCUCAAAAAUCUGUAGAAGAUUACCACAAUCAAAUAGCCUCUGUUGCUUCCCUCAUAAUAGACGAAUACAGGCAUUUGUUGGAGGGAGUUGGGGAGGAAGAAGAUACCGAAACAGGAGAAAUGCCUGAAAAUUCCGAAUCUAGAUAUCAACGUUUAAUCUAUCAGUUAAACUCUUCUGGAAAAUACUUUGCUUUCAAAGAGCAACUAAAAUAUUCUGUCAUAAAAAUUGUAAGAGAGAAAUUUCUUAGAACAAGCACUUUAACGGAUCAAGACGAAAUGGAAAAGUUUAUCUCUGAAUUAUAUGUUUAUUUGGUUGAUCAGAUGCACGUUUGCCUUAAUAAAUCUCUAACUGUGGAAGAUCAAGUUCCAAUACCAGAGCCUUUAACUACAACAGUUCAAUUAAAAAUAUUCGCUCAAGAAGCAGAGACAAACCAACUACCUGAACUGGCGGAUAAAUAUUAUCAAGAGAGAAUAGCAAGAGAUAGGAAUGAUCCGGAUCACUGGUUGGAUUUUGGAGUAUUUUGCCUUAGUAUAGAAGACAUAUCUAGGGCUGAGGAGUGUUUUAGAGAAUGUAUCUCUAUAGAUCAAAGGCACCUUGAAGGUUUACUUCUUUACGCUAUUACGGUUUCAAUGCAACAGAAAUACGACAGAGCGGAUUUAUUCUUUACUAUGGCUUCUCGACUUAAACCAGAUUCCAUUUUAUGCUGGACAUUGCUAAGUCUCUUUUAUAAGACAAUUUCUGAUGAAAUUAGAGAAGAGAUGGCUUUGGCCGAAGCGCACAGAUUAAAUCAGAUAAAAGCUAUUGCCGAAACCAGAAAAUUACAAGAAAAUAUACCACCAAUUCAAAGCGCUGAUAUACCUGAUGAACAAUCCAUACAACAGCCCCCAAUAUCACCUUUAUCACUAAAUGCAGAUGUAAAAGGGGUAAAACCUGGUAGUAAAGUAAAAGGAUCUGCCAGAAAAAGUGCUAGUGCGGCUUCAAAAGUUAAAAGCGAUUCAAGACCAGCAAGUAAGCUAAAAAAUGCUGCUAAUGAAGAUGAGGAAUCUGCAUCUGUAUCUGCUCCAAGAGAGAAAACACCUCAACCGUCUCAAUCAAUCUAUGUUCCAGCCAUAAAUUUCCUUCUCAAGUACAAAGCGUAUUCUUUCUGUAAUAAGGCCAUGGCGCAACACUUGUUAGAUCCAUUAGGCGGACCUAGUGCUUAUUAUUAUCUCUCUCUUGCUCAAGUUCAGCUCGAGAAGAGAGAAUUAGAAGAGGCUGGAGAAAGUUUGAAAGAAGCUAUGCAGUUUGAAUAUGAAAAUUCCGAUGGAUGGGCCAUGAAAGGUCAUGUAAUGUAUCUCAGUGGAAGAACUGUAGAUGCUAAAGAUUGCUACGAAAGAACAUUAGCUUUCGUUAAUCCGCCAACUGAUUUACACCCUAUUUAUUUAAGAUUAGCAUCCAUUUAUAUGUCUGAAAAUAAUCAUGAAGCAGCAAAAAAUAUCUUUUUGCAAGCGUGCCGAAGAUCUCCAACUUGUGUGACCUGGCUCGGUGUCGGAAUAGCUUGCUAUAGGUUAGAUUAGUUACACCCCCACAAACAGCAAUAUUUUUUAAUCGGAUAAUAUUACCUUUAUCAUAUUGUUUACAGAUUGGGUGAACUUGAUGAAGCGGAGGAUGCCCUAACGGAAGCCAAUAUUUUGCAUAACAUCGAUCCAGAAGUAUGGGCUUAUUUAUCUCUUGUUUGUUUAAAGACAAACAGGCCUGUUGAAGCAGAACAGGCUUACAAAUAUGCCGUUAAGUUGAAUCUUUCGGCGGCUGAUGAAGAUUUAAUUGAAGAAAUUCACCGUACGCAAAAUGAGCUUGGCUUUGGAAAUCCAGAAUUUUAAACUUUAUAAUAUUUUUGUAAAAGUCAUUUUUGAUGAUAUUUAAAAAUUUAAUAGUAAUGAAUAAAAAUCGUAUAUUAUUAAAUUUAUAAAA